GAUUUUGCAUUGUUCUCUUCAUUUAUUUUCUCAUAGGUGGAAGGAAGAGCAAAAACAACAGUGAGGGGAAGAAGAAAGGGGAACAUUGAAAAGUGAGACAUUCCAACCAAAGCAAACAAAAGUCCGCCACUUUGCUUCAAGUCAACUGCCGACUUCACAGUAACAGGAUCAUCAUCGCAAUCCAUGGACGACGUCAAGCCUUCAACUCCUCUCGUAUCCUUUCUCGAAAUUCUCCAACACACCGCAUUCAACACAUUCGGCAAUUCCAAUUUCGAUCCUAAAACCUACGUCGAUUUACCUCUCAAAUUCCCCCUUUCCGUUACGGAUCACGCCUUCCAUAAUCUUUCUAAAUCCUCCACCGGUUCAGUGUCCGUUCAUGAUUUGAAUCGUUUUAUAGAAACUUACUUUCAUGCUGCAGGUCAUGAUCUCGUGUACUCUGAUCCAGAGGAUUUUGUCCCUGAGCCUGAUGGUUUUUUGCCUAAAGUGAAAAACCCUGAGGUCAGAGCAUGGGCAAUUAAGGUUCAUUCUCUUUGGAAAAAUUUGAGUAGGAAAGUAUCCAGUGAGGUCAAGACUCAUCCUAACUACCAUACUCUGCUUCCUGUUCCUGGUUCUGUUGUUAUUCCUGGCUCUCGAUUUCGUGAAGUUUAUUACUGGGAUUCCUACUGGGUAAUUAGGGGGUUGUUGGUGAGUAAAAUGUAUAAGACUGCUAAAUCUAUUGUCACCAAUCUCAUUUCAUUGAUCGAGGAAUACGGGUUUGUGCUUAAUGGUGCUAGAGCAUACUACACCAACAGGAGCCAGCCUCCCCUUUUAAGUGCUAUGAUUUAUGAGAUAUACGCUAGGACUGGUGAUAUAGAAUUAGUUAAAAGGUCUCUGCCUGCACUACUGAAAGAGCACGAGUUUUGGAAUUCAGAUAUACAUAAAGUGAACAUUUCGGAUGCUCAAGGUUGCACUCGCACUUUAAAUCGCUAUUAUGCAAGGUGGAACAAACCAAGGCCAGAAUCGUCCACAAUGGACAAGGCAUCUGCUUCCAAGUUCACGACUGUUUCAGAAAAACAACAUUUUUACCGUGAACUAGCAUCAGCUGCUGAAUCAGGAUGGGAUUUCAGCACAAGAUGGAUGAGACACCCUCCCAACUUCACAACAUUGUCUACAACAUCAGUGAUACCUGUUGAUUUAAAUGCAUUUCUACUUGGGAUGGAACUUAAUAUUGCCUUCUUUGCAAAUGUUACUGGAGAUAAUAGGACUGCUGAACACUUCCUGCAAAUUUCUGAUGUUAGAAAGGAGGCAAUUAACUCGGUUUUCUGGAAUGCAAACAUGAAACAAUGGCUUGAUUCCUGGCUCAGCAAUACCACACAUGAGAAGGUUCAAGUUUGGGAUACCUUGCACCAGAAUCAAAAUGUAUUUGCUUCCAAUUUUGUUCCUUUGUGGAUGAAGCCAUUUUACUCAGAUGCUUUGCUAGUGAGUAAUGUUCUUAAAAGUCUCAAAACCUCUGGCCUGCUUCGUGCCGCUGGAGUUGCAACUUCUUUGAGUGAUUCAGGACAGCAGUGGGACUUCCCGAAUGGUUGGGCUCCACUUCAACACAUGUUAGUUGAAGGCCUUAUAAAAUCAGGGUUGGAAGAAGCAAGGUCGUUGGCUGAAGAAAUUGCCAUAAGAUGGAUCACAACAAAUUAUAUUGUUUACAAAAAAACGGGUGUAAUGCAUGAAAAGUUUGACGUGGAGCAUUGCGGAGAAUUUGGAGGUGGGGGUGAAUAUGUACCCCAGACUGGUUUUGGCUGGUCAAAUGGAGUUGUGCUGGCAUUCUUGGAGGAGUUUGGGUGGCCUGAAGAUCGUAAAAUAGAAUGCUAAUGUGCUUAAAAAUGAAAGGUACAAUAAGUUCGGUAUGCUUUAAGAAUUUACUUAGUUUUUUCCACAAGUGGUUGAAGAAAAAUUGUUAAUAAUUGCUUGCUUGAAAAGCUACUUGUUAAAGCUAUAAAUAAAGCAGAGAUAAUGAAGAGCUUGAUUGGCAUAUCCAAUAUUCGAUUUUUUUUUAUUUUUUUUAAGUACAGAAUGUUUAGAUGAUAUGGAAUGUGAUGCAUGGCAUCACAUAUCAAUUCUUUAUCACAAAUUAUUGCGUUAGCGAA